AUGCUGAUCAUGGAACAGUCAAUGUGGAAAUAUGUCAUUCCGGCAGUUUAUGUUCUGGCGUUUUUGCCGAUAUUUUCGGCUCAAACCGUCACUUACGAUGGCAUACAGUGCUACGUUAUCUGGACUAGCCGGCAGAUAAUGAACGCCAAUGCUGUGGAGGUGCUUGCGACGCCAAUAGCGAAUGACGUCAACCGGUGCGUGGAGGCAUGCAUAUCGGUUCAAGAUAGCGUUCCAUGCUACGGCCUCAGUUACAACAGCCUCAACCAAGCGUGCACCCUCUUCCGAUGCUGUUCUUCAACGCCUACCAUUCUCGAGACGAACUAUUGGGUGAAUUAUGCAAUCGUCAAUGGUUGUGAGGCAGUGGCUACAAGCACGGCAGCGACAGCGGCGCCAACAUCUUCGCUACCGCCUUUUGUGCCUACGACUGAUGGUGUAAAUGGGGCAUGCGGGUUUCCGGUCAACCAGCCGUACCCGCAGGUACCACCGAAAAUGAGCCGUCAGAGCGUCCUCCCGCAGUCGCUUCCAUGGAUUGUCAGACUUCCUUCCUGUACAGGGGUUCUUAUACCAUCUGCCUAUCCAUCCAGCACUGAUAUUGUCAUCACCACUCGAGAAUGUAUUGCUCAACAGGGUAAAAACGUUCGUUUGAAUCCGUCUUUGUUGGUGUUGCUGCUUGGAGCGAGAGAUCUAUCAAAGCAACAGGAAGCUGGUCGCAUACGAGUCCAAGCCUCUCAGAUAAUUCAGGAUGUAAACGCUCAACCUUAUGGCAAUAACUUGGCCAUUGUGAAACUUGCCCAGCCCGUGCCUUACACUCCGUACGUUCGCCCAAUCUGUCUCACUCCACUUCACUAUCGUUUCUCACCAGGGACUAUAUGUUUGACUGCUGGAUGGAACUAUUACGGUGGACUGCUAGCGAUUGGAGCCAUUCAAGGCAGCAUCUUACAAAUGCCAGUCUUCCGUCUUGCGCAGACUUACGAACCGAUUGGUGAAGCCUGCACCUGCAAUGGAAUGCUGACUCUGAUUGGCACUGAUAUCGGGUGGCCUCUGAUGUGUCAGGUUGGUGGUCUUUGGGUUUUGGAAGGAAUGACGCUUGUGAGCCCAACGCAAAUGAAGUCUUCCAUUGGAUUCUACACCAGGGUCAAUGCCUUCAGAAAUUGGAUUCAACAGGCAACAGGCGCGCCUUUUUUCGUUGCCGUCAAUGGUUCAUAUUGA